CCACUUUUUUAUAACUCCAAUAAAAUAAGUAGAACUAAUAUUGUUCAAAAAUGAUGUUUGUACUCACUCUUACACACACUUUUGUAUCCACUCAUGUUUAUGAAAGUUUUUUUUGUCUGUGAACAUUGUACAAACAAAACUUCACAAACGUGGUAAGUAUAAGAUGGAUAUAAGGAUAAGCAUAUCCUUAUAUCAUAGCAUUUUAAAGGAAAUGUUACCCUAGAUGACCAAAUAAAUAGCUGUGUACACAAGUGUUUUUAUUAGGAAGGUUGACAACUCUCUCUACCUUUAACCGUUUGGUGCGUAAGUUCUUAGUAAAGAAGGGGCGGGGCAUGAGAAUCCGCAACGCCUUUGUCUUCUCUAUUCACGCGUAAUCGUAAAAGGUCUUCUAAGGACGAAAAGACUAGACGACUGAAGCAACGGUGCUCGUGCAUCGCCGCCUUUCUUCGUCCCUACCGAGUAGUAUCCGUCUCCGGCGACGGCGAAUCCGCGCUUAACGUGGGCGAUAUCCUUGAGAAACAAGAAAGCGUUCUGAUUUUUGAGCUAAAAAAGAAGGAGAAAAGAAAGCGGAGGAGGCUUUUUCUGUGAAUCGGAAUCUGGGAAUCUGGAAAUGGGAGUGAAAGUAGCGGCGGCGUGUUUGCAUUGGUCGCAAUCUUCAGUUCCACAUCCGCCAUCGCCUCCUCAUCAUCAUCCUCAAACCAUCGCCUCCUCGGUUUCGUCUUUUUCAAAACGACGCAGAUUCGCCGGAAGUGAACGAUCUGUCGUUUGCCGGUUCGUCCACAAGCUGAACCGGCCGGCUACGCUUGGAACCCAACCAGCAAAGCUCCCCAGGUCCCGAUCCUGCGAGCUCCUGAACCUGAACCCCCCUGCACAACCGACGAUGAGACGGGCUUGUAGUGCCUAUCUAGAUUCCUUCUCUGACGAGGGAUUUUCUAAGAGAACUGAAGAUUUGGAUUUAACUUUCCAUCUCUCAGAUGAGGAAGAAGAAACAGAAAUCUCGAGGUCUAAUGAAUCUGAUGAAGUAACCUGCCGGAGCUCUACGGCGCGAGAUAAUCGGAGAGUUUUUGAUCGCUUGGAGCCUCCAGAUUGGAUCCAUAGAGUAGGGAUGGUUCCGACCGGUAUAGAUCGUGGGGCAAAUAGUUUCGGCAUCCCUCUGUCUUUGCGGAUUAUGGAGAGAAAAAUGCAAUGGCGAGACGGGUUCAGAGAUGCAGGGGAGUUGCUGACAUGUUCUUCGAUGAAAAUGGCCUUUUCUAACAUGGUGUUCAUAAUCCAGGAACUCCAUCGCCACACUUUCAAGAUGAGAGAGAUGUUGUUCUAUGAAGAUUUAGAGGGUAUAAUUGGGAGAGUGCAGAGAGAUAUGCAAGCAUCUUUCGUGUGGCUAUUCCAGCAAGUCUUCUCACAGACUCCAACGUUAAUGGUCUAUGUGAUGAUACUUCUUGCCAAUUUCAGUGUCCAUUCUUUAGCUACAAGUUCUGCUUUUGCUUCUACCCCUCCAUGUGACACUGAAGAGGUCUCUGUGGUUGAAGGUCAUCACAGCCAUAUAAAUCAGAAAUUUGAUUUUUCAACCUUUUCAGCAUCCUCUUCUUUUAACGGGAAGAGCAUGUCGAUUGGCGGAAACAGUGGCGGAGGCGGCAAAUUCAGGCCAGUUGCUGGUGGGACCGAUGGUGAUGGGAGGAGGUUUGAUGGUCUAGCCAUUGCAACUGAUGGAGUGUCUUCUUCAGCUACUACUGAAGAACAAACAGUUUCUUCUGAUAAGGUUUCCAGUGAAGAAGAGUUGUUGUGGAAGUCUAUUUGCGAUGAGGCUUCAAGAUUGCAAUCUGAGUCACGAGAUCCAUCUUUGGAUCGUGAUACCAUUAUGGAUUUCGUUUCCCCCGUAACCGUAAUAGGGAAGAUGGAGUCUUGUGAUAAUGCAGAUUAUUUUCGAACGGAGUUGUUUUACCAAACAGAACUUGCCCAAGAGCCCAAGAAUACCCUUUUGCUCACCAAUUAUGCUCAGUUUCUUUACAUGGUUGUUCAAGACUAUGACAGGUACAUCCAUCCUUCAUUUCUUUUAUGUUAGAAAUAAUGAUAAAUUCUUGACACUUAAAAUUAAUGGCCAGGGAUGUAAGUUUUAAUAUGCAAUGUCCAAGAUCAAUUUUUUACUGAUAUUAGUUUCCAUAUUGGUCCAAUUUUACACUAGUUGUACUUUUUACCAUGAGUACUUUUAGUAGUAUUACAGAGAAAACACCUGUUUUAGACUAUGUUAGAGAGGAGAGUUAUAAUCUAGUGAGAUGGCUACUCCUGGUAGGAAGGUUCAAGUGUUUUUGGUUGGAAAAGAUGGAAUACUGAUGUGUGAUUGGUAACAGAGCUGAGGAAUACUUCAAGAAAGCAACAGAGGUGGAGCCAAAGGAUGGAGAGGCAUUAAACAAAUACGCGACGUUUCUUUGGCAAGCGAAGAAUGAACUUUGGGGAGCAGAAGAGGCCUACCAAGCAGCCAUAGACGCGGAGCCUGCGAAUUCCUUCUAUGCUGCAAGUUAUGCGCAUUUUCUAUGGAAUACUGGCGGAGACGACACUUGCUAUCCUCUGGAAGAUGACGAUCCAGCCCAAUAUGAUGAUAUUUGAAAGGAAAUGGAAAAAGAAUGGAAAGAAUGCUGAAAAAGAAAAAAACAAGAACAGAAGAGAACAAGAGUGAAGGAAAGUAAUGGGUUAGUGCUCUUAUUGGAAAUCUUGCUGACAGAUGAGAUAGGGUGGUGGACGGGUAGAAUCAUGGGUUCUCAAAUGAAGCUCAAAGCAUAGACAACCAGUAAUGGUCUCCAUACUGGUCCAGAAACUAGAUGGAGUUGCAGAUAAGAGGAUGGGGAUGGCUCUGCUCAGUUCUUCUGUUCUUUUUUUACUAAAAUUUUCAAGCUAUGCACAGUUGGUUCAAGUUUUAGAUAUGUUGGUUGUUAUAGAAUGGCAUUUGCAUAUUGUAAUUAAACGUCCUGUUAAUAUCAUAAAUGCCCAAACUUUACCUCAAUUACUUUCGUUUAAAGUUUUAUUACUGUGUAAAAGGUGUCGUAAUUUAACAGCAACG